AUGUUAAUAUAUUUAUUCAUAAUUUUAUUAUCAAGUAGUUUUUGUGCUACUGAUGAGAAAAUUCAUGACGCCAAUGAACCUGACAAUGGACCAUUUAAUUUUAAAUUUACAAAACUUAUUGAUAUCCGGUUAGGUGGAAAAAACUUUGAUCAUAAUUUAAAUGAUAUUAUCCACUCAAACAUUCAUGAAGCUAUUGGAGUUGAUAACUCAAAGAAAUCAUCACCAGAAAUGUAUCUUGAAAACGAACCGCAUGAAGAACAAGACGUAAGAAUAGAACGAUCUUUAAACACCGACCAAAAUCGUAUUAUCAAUCGAUUAGACAGUACUACUGGCAAAUUACCAAAUCUUCAGAACGUUUGCCAGAAAUCUAAUUGCGAAUCACAAACACUAAGCAAUGUAGGAAUCAACAGUGAGUUUUGCGAUGGAUUAGUAGGUUUAAGCAAACUUCAAUAUUGUGAUUUUUUUGAAGAAAAAUAUUUAAAAAAUGAUACUAAAGCUACCAAAAGUAAUAUACCGAAGAGCUGUAAAGAAAUUCAAGAAAAUGGCCAAAACAAAUCUGGAAUGUACCAAAUCCAACCUAAAACCAUAUUUAAACCAAUUUUUGUCAUGUGUGAUAUGGAAACUAAAGAUGGUGGUUGGACGGUUGUUCAAAAAAGAUUUGAUGGUUCGGAAAAUUUUUACAGAGAAUGGCGUGACUAUAAAUUUGGUUUUGGAGACCUCAAGCGGGAAUUUUGGCUCGGUCUUGAAAACAUCUAUCACAUCGUAGGAUUUGAAGUAAGCGAAUUACUAGUAGAAAUAACUGACAGAGACAAAAUUAAAGCUUAUGCCCACUAUAAAUCAUUCGGUAUAGGUCCAGAAACAGAUGGAUAUCCUUUAAAUUUCCUAAACGGAUUUAGCGGUGACGCUGGGGACUCACUAGGAUACCAUUCAGGCGCUAAGUUUAGCACCAAGGACAUGGAUCAGGACACAGAUCCGGGUAGUUGCGCUGAAACAUAUCUUGGUGGUUGGUGGUACAAAAGCUGUCACAAGAGCAACCUGAAUGGAAAAUACAUUAAUCUCGCUCUUCCCGGGCAGUAUAAAUUCAAAGGUCUCCAUUGGGAGGGAUUUAGAGGGCACGAAUACUGUCAUUUAGGAUCCAGAAUGUUGAUCAGACCAAGCACACCUAAAUAA